UAGAGUUGCAAAAGUCGUUUCGUUUUGCAACGACUCUCCUUUCUCUUUAAGAAUAUUCUGUCCAUGAGUGGGAGGUCAUGUACAACUUCCCCUUACUUGAGGGAAGCCAAGGAUUCGCGCUAUUAUUUAAUUUGUUACUAAACUGUUAACAUAAUCAACUUGAACAAAAUUCGUAUUGCUGAACAAUGAAAUGUACAAUUAAAUAAAAGCAUAUUAGAGUACAAUUAAGGAGUGUACGGCAAUAAAAGUUUCUGCAAGAUAAUUUAUGUUGAAAUAAUCUCUAUGUUGAUAAACGAAACCGAACAGAAGUUAUGUAAUAAUGGCGGAACUGGAGGGAAAUGAGACCAUAGUUUCAUAUAAGUUGGUAAUCCUGUAAAAUAUCGUGAGUGCUGAUCGUUCCAGCGUAAGAAGCAGGAAUUUCGAUCUACGGCCGGUAUAUAAAAGUAUCGAUUAGAAUGAGCGAGCCUCAAUCGAAGAAAGUCAAGAUGACGAGCUCUUUGGCACAGUUGAAAGAAUUAACAACAAUUGUCGCCGAUACCGGCGACUUUCAAGCUAUGGAACAAUUUAAACCUAAGGAUGCAACUACAAAUCCUUCUCUGAUCCUUGCUGCAGCUAACCAAAAAAAAUAUGCUCACUUAAUAGAUAAGGCAGUGCAAUAUGGAAAAAAGUUUGGAUCUACUCUAGCAGAACAAAUUGAGGCAGCUUUAGAUAUCACGUGUGUCCUCUUUGGUAAAGAAAUUCUAAAUAUCAUACCAGGUAGAGUUUCAACAGAAGUAGAUGCUAGGUUGUCUUUCAAUAAAGAAGCUAGCAUUGAAAAAGCAAAACGGUUAAUUGCCUUGUAUGAAGAAUUUGGAAUAAACAAAGAUCGUGUGCUCAUUAAGCUUGCUUCUACAUGGGAAGGAAUUCAAGCAGCAAAAGAACUGGAGGAAAAAUAUGGAAUUCACUGUAAUUUGACAUUACUGUUUUCUUUUGCACAAGCAGUUGCAUGUGCAGAAGCUGGUGUAACUCUUAUAUCUCCAUUUGUUGGCAGAAUCUUAGAUUGGUAUGUAUCAAAUACGGAUAAAAAGUCUUAUGAUGCUAAAGAAGACCCAGGUGUUGUGUCUGUAACCAAAAUUUAUAAUUACUAUAAAAAGUUUGGAUACAAAACUGUUGUUAUGGGUGCUUCAUUUAGAAACGUUGGUGAAAUCAAAGAAUUGGCUGGUUGUGAUUUCUUAACUAUAAGUCCCAAAUUAUUGGAAGAAUUGGAAAAGAGUAAUGAUCCGAUUCGCAAGGUACUUACUCCAGAAUUAGCGAAAAAAAGUGAUCUUCAAAAGAUCAGCUUAGGUGAAGCUGAAUUUAGGUGGCUUUUAAACGAGGAUCAAAUGGCAUCAGAUAAGUUAAGCGAAGGUAUUCGCAAGUUUGCAGUUGAUGUGCGCAAAUUGGAAAAAUUAUUACAAGAUAAAUUACAAUCUUAAACAUAAGGAAGACAUUUUUGAAUGUAUCUAUGUAAUAAAUAUCGUAUUGUAAACAGUAAUAUUAAAAAUAACUAUUUUAAGCAAAA